CGAACCCAGUCGGAUGUCGGAUUCUAUUGCAACAAUCCUCAUCCAUACCAGUCCCCAGUAUUCCUCCACUUCCUGAGUCGUGCAAUUCAAUAGCCUGCGCCAUCCUACGCGAUCGGGGGAAACACUGACCAGCCAGACCUCGUGCGGAACGUGCCGUUACCCGACUUUCAUUUUUUUUCCUGCCUUGCAUUGCCGUGCAGUUUGGUCCCUUUCUGAGAAAUAAAUUGACGCGGGAUCGUCGGGGAGAUUGCCCAAUUUUUUUCUCCCUCAACCCAAGCCAUUCCCCAUCUUCAUUCUCGAUUCGAUUGUCUCAUUCUCGCGUGGCAGUCAACAAAAAAAGAUGGCGUCUUCGGGGUACAAGAUGUCGUAUGCCGCAUUGGCCGUCCAAUUUUUGGGGCUGGCCUCUGCGAGCUGCAGCAAUUGCAGCCUGAGUGCGCUGAACACGACUGUCGGCGGUCGUGUCCAGCCUCUCACGCCCUUCUCCCUGCCCUGCUUCUCCAGCUACAAUGGCCACCCCGUCACCCCCAACGAUGCCGCCUGCGCCACUAUCCAGGCCAACUACAGCGACCCCUACCUCCGCACCAACACCCCCAAUGGGUACAUGAACUACCAGGAUGAGAUGUGCUCGUCCAACCCCCAGGAUCAGUGCGUGCUGGACAGCAGCGACCCCACCGACCCGCUGGCCUUCAAUGGCACCGACUGCCGCCAGGGCAACAUGCCCUCCUACUACCUCGAGGUCCACGAUGCCACCGACGUGAGCGCCGCCCUCGAGUACUCGCGCUGCUCCGGCGUGCGCGUCGCCAUCAAGAACAGCGGCCACGACUACCUGGGCCGGAGCAGUGGCAAGGGCACUCUGCAGCUGUGGACCCGUAACCUGCAGGACAUGAGCUAUCAGGCGACCUUCGUUCCCAAGGGCUGCCCCGCCAACACUACCUACAACGCCAUCACGGCCGGUGCCGGUGUCAACUUCGACGAAGCCUACGCCUUCGCCCAUGACCACAACGUCACCAUUCUGGGUGGGUACUCCCCCACGGUCGGUCUGUCUGGCGGCUGGGUGCAGAUGGGCGGCCACUCCGUGCUCUCCCCCGUCUACGGUCUGGGUGUCGACCGCGUCGUGCAGUACAGGGUCGUGACCCCCGACGGCAACCUGCGCAUUGCCAACGAGUGCCAGAACCAGGACCUCUUCUGGGCCCUCCGUGGCGGCGGUGGUGGUACCUUUGGUGUGGUGCUCGAGAGCACCCACCGCGUGGAGCCGCGCUUCGGGUUCACGGCGGCCGUCGUCAAGUUCACCAGCAACUCGACCAACGUGCUCCCCUGGAUGGACAUCAUCGUCAACAACACCCUGCGCUGGGCCGAGGAGGGCUGGGGCGGCCACAUCACCGGCAGCACCCUGAUCAACGUCUCUCCCUUGAUGACCGUGGCGCAGGCCCAGCGGUCGCUCGCCUCGGUGAUCGCCUACGCCAAGGCCCAGGGCGGUUCGGCCGUGGUCGAGCACUUCGCCUCGUGGUACGACUUCUACACCAAGUACGUGACCUCGGAGGCCGUCAGCGUGGGCGUGACGCACUUCGCGGGCAGCCGUCUCGUGCCGCGCGCGGUGUUCGAGACGGCCGAGGGCCGCGAGAACCUGAUGGACUUCUUCAAGCUGAUCCAGCAGAACGGGCAGACCCCCUACAUCCCCGUCGUGGGCCCGGUGCUGUACAACUACACGGAGGGGUCGACGAGCGCGACGCCGGCCUGGCGCCAGGCCAUGUGGGAGCUGGGCUCCGGCAGCGCGUGGGCGUGGAACAGCACGCUCGCGACGCGCGAGGCCAAGAUCGCCACCCUGCAGAACAUGACGGCCACGCUGGAGCGCAUCACGCCCGGCAGCGGCGCCUACAGCAACGAGGCCAACCCGUUCACCGAGGACUGGCGCGAGGCCUGGUGGGGCACGGAGAACUACGACAAGCUGCUGGCCAUCAAGCACAAGUACGAUCCCUCGGGCUUGUUGAGCUGCUGGAAGUGCAUUGGCUGGCAGGAGAGCCAGGCCAACAGCACCUGCUUUGCUGCAUUUCAGUGAGCCAUCUCCAGAAGAUCGGAUAGAUUGUUCGAUGAUGUUUUCGGUCGCCAGCAUUUUUCUCCCCGCGGAGUGCGGGCGCAGGUCACUCUUUCGCAGCGCGGAUAGAAUUUGCGUAAUACCAGAUAGACUUGAUGUUUGUUAAUGAGUUCAGGACAUGUCGAUAGGU